CACCUCGGCGCUAUGUUCCGCCCGUCUGACAAGACCAUGUGUGGCGUUAUUCAGCUGUGCAACGGUUCAGCUACAACCCGUAUGAAGAGGGCGCCAUCGGCAAGGAUAACCAAAACCUCGUCGUUUUGCUUAAAUUGGUAUCAUACACCAGCUCGUCGGCUUUGGUCGUAGGUUUAGCUGAUGAUCGAGACAGCCAGCCACUGCAAAAAUUUCGCAGACAGGAGCUGAAAGGUAAACUCUGAGGCUAUUGUAGUGCCGACUCCAAUCUUGACAUGAAUUGAUUCCAGGUAUAUAAGGGUGCGACGCAUCCGAGACUGGUCCUUCCCCAAGAUACCCUUCAGAUAUCAACGCAGACAUCUCUCUGCUGUGGAAACGGACCAAAGUCUGAAAUGCAGAAAAAAAUGGAUCUUGUUGGUUUUUCUCGCUUCUACGAGAUUUGCACUUCUUUACUUGGCGCUGCAAGUGCUUCAUUUAAAGGCGAUGUCGUAAAGACAAGACAGAGCGAUACAAGGGUUUAUAAUAAAGCAUGGUACUGGAGAGACCUAGCUCUGACUAUCUGGCUGUUCACUGCGGACGACUUUGCAACAUUUGUCAUUCCUGAAACAGCAUUCGGAAUCUGCGCAGCUCUGUCCGGGCCUCUUCUGACAGAUGAUAACACUCCGCACUUACUCUCAGUCGUUUGUUGGAUACCCAUGGUCAUGCUAUGGAACUGGCUAAACCUGUUCGUGUUCAAUCUGGCGAAUCAAAGGCACCCGGACUCCGUGGCAGAAGACAAAAUCAACCGACCCUGGAGACCACUGCCCGCAGGUCGGAUCAGCAUUCUGCAUACUCGCCAGCUACUCUUACUCGCGAUCCCAGUUGUGCUCGGACUCAGCGUCUACCUCGGUGCAUGGGAGGAGACCGCUCUCCUCUACACGAUGAACUGGGUAUACAAUGACCUGGGCGGUGGUGACAACGGCUUCAUCCUACGGAAUGUCCUUCUAGCCCUCGCAUUCAGUCAAUACAACAAGGGAUCACUGCGUGUCGCGACCGGAACCGGAUUUGACCUACUCCCUAGAGCAUGGCGGUGGAUCUGGCUCACCAGUGCCGUAAUCGGCACGACGAUGCAUAUUCAAGACGUCAAGGACGUGGAAGGAGACCGUGCCAAGAACCGUCGCACAAUGCCCAUUGUACUGGGCGACGGGCCGGCCCGGUGGUCCGUUGCGAUUCCUGUUGCGAUCUGGUCUGUUGUUUGUCCUGCGUUUUGGGAGCUGGACGUACCCGGGUAUGUUCUCCCGGUUGCGUUGGGAAUGACUAUUGCUGGGAGGAUCCUGUUCCUUCGGGAAGGAGUUGCUGAUAAGCGCACGUGGAAGAUGUGGACGGCGUGGACGGCGGUGAUUUGGAUGCUUCCUUUGUUCAAGAAUUCUAGUGUUUUUGUCAGGUUUGGUAGCAGUCUAGGGUGGUGUGAGGCAUAGCUUGAGCCAAGUAUGCUCUCAACACUUCCAUCCAUAGACACUUUUUGCGUGUUACUAUAAGUUGAUUCAUAUUGUUUUCUAGCUUGCAAUGCGAUUUGACCGUUUUAGUUUUCUAGACACCAGCAAAAGGAAC